AUGAGAACUGGGAGUCAGCGCUACAUGUUUGACCAGGAGGAGGUUCACCCUUUACUAAUGCGUGAGCGUCGCUCAGGCUCUCAGCGCAGUGAGCGCACCAAGCUGCUCCGAAGGACAAGCUUCCUCAGUCGAAAGUUGAAGGGCUCCAUCAAGAGGGCAAAGAGCCAGCCCAAACUGGAUCGAACCAGCAGCUUCCGCCACAUGAUUCUACCCCGUUUCCGUAGUGCUGAUCAGGAGAGGACCCGUCUAAUGCAGAGCUUCAAGGAGUCCCACUCUCAUGAGUCCCUGCUUUCCCCUAGCAGUGCAGCGGAGGCUCUGGACCUCACGCUGGAUGAAGAUGCUGUCAUCAAACCUGUCCACUCCAGCAUAUUGGGCCAGGAAUACUGCUUUGAGGUGACCACCAUUUCAGGGACGAAAUGCUUUGCCUGCCGCUCGGCCGCUGAGAGAGACAAAUGGAUUGAGAAUCUACAGAGAGCUAUCAAGCCCAACAAGGACAACAGUCGAAGGGUGGACAAUGUGCUUAAGCUGUGGAUCAUUGAGGCCAGGGACCUUCCGCCUAAGAAGCGGUACUAUUGCGAGCUGUGUCUGGAUGACAUGCUGUACGCACGCACCACUAGCAAGCCGCGUACGGACACAGUCUUCUGGGGCGAGCACUUUGAGUUCAACAACUUGCCUGCCAUUCGUAGCCUACGCCUGCACCUUUACAAGGAGACAGACAAAAAGAGACGCAAGGAGAAGAGCACGUACCUCGGCCUGGUCACUAUCCCCAUAUCGAGCAUCACAGGCAGGCAGUUUGUGGAGCAGUGGUACCCGGUGAUCCAGCCCAGUGCUUUGGCUAAGGGUGGCGGUGUAGGCGGUGGCAAGGUCAUCAAUGCCUCAAUCCGCCUCAAGUCCCGCUACCAGACCAUGAGUAUCCUGCCCAUGGAGCUGUACAAGGAGUUCGCUGAGUACAUCACCAAUAACUACCGUACGCUGUGUGCCGUGCUGGAGCCUCUGCUCAGUGUCAAAAGCAAAGAGGAGGUGGCGUUCGCGCUGGUACACAUUCUCCAGAGCACAGGCAAGGCCAAGGACUUCCUUUCAGACAUGGCGAUGUGCGAGGUGGAUAGAUUCAUGGACAGAGAGCAUCUGAUCUUUCGAGAGAACACCCUUGCUACUAAAGCCAUAGAGGAGUACCUCAAAUUGAUAGGGCACCGGUACCUCAAGGAUGCCAUAGGGGAGUUCAUUCGAGCAUUAUACGAGUCCGAGGAGAAUUGUGAAGUGGAUCCCAUGCGCACUCCACCGUCUGUCCUCGCCGACCACCAAGCCAAUCUCCGCAUGUGCUGCGAGCUGGCACUCUGCAAGAUUGUCAACUCUCAUUGUGUGUUUCCGCGGGAGCUGAAGGAUGUCUUUGCCUCUUGGAGGGUCAGGUGUGCCGAGCGGGGAAGGGAGGACAUCGCAGACCGCCUCAUCAGCUCCUCCCUUUUUCUACGCUUCCUGUGUCCCGCCAUCAUGUCGCCCUCUCUCUUCAACCUCACCCAGGAGUACCCCGGAGAGCGGACAUCCCGCACUCUUACCCUCAUCGCCAAGGUGGUGCAGAACCUGGCCAGCUUCUCCAAGUUUAGUGGCAAAGAGGAUCACAUGUGUUUCAUGAAUGAGUUUUUGGAGAUGGAGUGGGGCUCCAUGCAGCAAUUCCUGUACGAGAUCUCCAACAUGGACACGGGGAGCAACGCCGGGGGCUUCGAGGGCUACAUCGACCUGGGCAGGGAGCUGUCGGUGCUCCACAGCCUGCUGUGGGAAGUCAUGGCCCAACUGAGCAAGGUAAUGACACAAUUGGGGAUAAACUGUCCAAUAUUUUCCUUGUACUUUGUCUCCCAGGAUGCUAUUCUGAAGCUUGGCCCCUUGCCACGUCUGCUGAAUGACAUCAGUGUAGCCUUGAGGAACCCCCAGCUCCACCGGCAGGCCAGCCACCAGCCAGACAGACAGCAGGACAGGCUCAUCACACGGCCCUCCUUCAAUCGCAUGGUAUCAUCUGAUUUCCAGAGCCUCAUGAUGCGGGAUCUCAACAGCUCAAUAGACAUCUCCCGUCUCCCCUCCCCAACCUCGGGAUUAUCUGGGGGUGGGGUCCUCUCGUCUCACGUCAGCAUGGGAAGCUUUGCGGAACGAGACCCCCGCGGUUCAAAGGACGUUUUCUACGUGACCCGUCCCCCCUUGGCUCGGUCCAGCCCUGCGUACUGCACCAGCAGUUCUGACAUCACUGAGCCAGACCCAAAGGACUCACGCAUGAACAGCAUCUCCAACCUCCAUUCGGUGGGUGAUAUGCUCAACUCCUCCCAGGCCUCCAUAGCAGGCCUGGGUCACAGUUUCGGGAACCUGGGAGGCCCGCUUCGCAUGGGAGGCCACAUGUCCGCCGGUGGCUCGGGGGGCUCUGGUUUGAGGCUGAGCCAGAUGGGGGGACCCCUCCACCAAAUGGGGGGUCCCACUGACUCUCUCUCCCAGCAGCAGCAGCAUGCGGCGGCCGCCAUGCACUUCCCCCUCUCCUUCCAGAAUCCCCUCUUCCAUCUGGCUGCCGACGGCCCUCGGGGUCAGUCUCACAGUCGUCCUCAAGCCCAGCCGCCUCCCCCUCCACUCCUGCUGGCCCCAGAGCUUGACAAUGCCCACCACCAACAGGGCUACGUGCGGGCAUUCGGCCACGGCGGCUUCUCGCGCAGCGAGGAUCUGUCGGCCCUGCGGCCACAGAGCAGUCUGGUGCAGCCCAGUAUUGUCCACUCACACAGCUACAGUGACGACUACACGCGGCAGAACCAGAACGCUGAAUACGCCCGGCGCCAGCUUUCGCUGCAAGUGCAGGAGAAUCUCCAGCAGCAAAUUCUUAUGGGCAUGACCCCUCAGACGGCGACAGGCAUGGGCACUCCCACCUCCUUGGCCACUCCCCCUUCUACCGUGCACCCUGUCCGUCAUGGCUCCGUAGCACCGCCUCCCCCGCAGCGCCUCAAAUCCCAGCUGUCCAUCAGCCCCGGGGCCACCUCCACCCCUCCCAAGACCCGCCCCCAGAGCAGGAACCUCCUUCUCCAGUCGCCCGAGUCCAGCUUUGGCGGCAGGCAGCCCUCGCCACAGCAACAACAGCAGCAGCAGUUGUCCGUCAAACAGUCUGACAGCCCAGCCCCUGGUCUCCCACGCCAGUCGAGCUCUGCAAGGGACGGCCAGGGGGCGCCACAAGGGGGCAACGGAGAGACCACAGACACCCCGACUAAGAGCUCCAAGCAGCCUCAGACCACAGACACCCCGACUAAGAGCACCAAGCAACCUCAGCAGCAGUCCCAGCAGCAGCAGCAACAGCAGCCUCCACAGCAGCACCUGCUCAAGCCCACAGUCAAUAAACAGGCUUCUCAGUCCCCCUCCACCCUGACACCCAACGAGCGCACUGUGGCCUGGGUGUCCAACAUGCCACACCUCUCUGCCGACAUCGAAAUAUUGCGUAGCUCAUCGAACCUUGAGGACCUCAAGCUGAAGGAGUACUCCAAGAGCAUGGACGAGUCUCGCAUGGAUAGGGUAAAGGAAUACGAGGAGGAGAUCCAUUCUCUGAAGGAGCGCCUGAUAAUGUCCCAUCGGAAGCUGGAGGAGUAUGAGCGCAGGAUGCUUUCACAGGAGCAGCAGACCAGCAAGAUCCUAUCGCAGUACCAGAGCCGGCUGGACGACAGCGAGCGCAUGCUGAGGCAGCAGCAGCUAGAGAAGGACAGCCAAAUCAAAGGCAUUAUCAACAGGCUGAUGGCUGUGGAGGAUGAGUUGAGAGUGAGUGCCAUUCCUGAAAUUAAGCCCAGAAUGUUCAGAGAGCAGAUCUGUCAGGAAGAGGACUCUUCCUCUCUGGGUUCAGCAGACCCCCAUGGUCUUCCCGGAGGGGGGGGAGGGACGGCCACCACUGCCAGGCCCGGGGUCUCCUUUUCGGGCGUCUCCUGUGCCAGCGCCCCUUGGAACGGAGCCCUCCCUCCCGUCCCACCUCCCCGCCUACACGUCAGCCACAACGGGGAGCUCCGUGGCAACCGAGCCUACCCCUCGACUACUACCAUGGCUACGCCAGCCAGGAGCACGGCAUCUUGGACCUCGGCAACAGCAACAUCAGAUCCAAGCUUAACUGGGAGGAGAGCAGUCUAA